AGCAGCAUUAUGGUGAACCAGUUUGGGUGUCGGCCUGUGAUGCUUGUUGGGGGGCUCCUGGCUUCCUCUGGAAUGAUCCUGGCCUCCUUCACCACCAACAUCAUUGAACUGUAUUUGUCUGCUGGAGUGCUGACAGGUUUAGGGAUGGCUUUGAAUUUCCAGCCUUCUUUGAUAAUGUUGGGAUCCUACUUCGACAAGCGCAGGCCCCUGGCCAAUGGGCUAGCUGCAGCUGGGAGCCCGGUCUUCCUCUCAGCACUUUCUCCACUGGGACAAGUCCUGCUGGAAAAGUUUGGCUGGCGAGGGGGAUUCCUCAUCAUGGGGGGGCUCCUCCUGAACUGCUGCACAUGUGGGGCACUCAUGAGACCCUUGGCAGUUAGCAUGAAGAAGACAAGGGAGAAAGUCACGGACACUUAUGAAACUAAAGAGAUGCUGCCAAUGGGAGGAAGAGCAGAAGAGGUGGACGGCACCCUGGACAAUGUUAAGAAACCCAAGGAACUCAAGAAGAAAAAGGCCAAGAAAGCGAAAAGCUUAUUAAAUUUUUCGAUCUUCAAAAUCCGGGGUUUUAUCAUUUACACCAUCGCCAAGUUCAUCAUGGUUCUGGGCCUCUUUGUGCCCACAAUUCUAUUAGUCAACUAUGCCAAAGACACAGGAAUACCUGACAAAGAGGCGGCGUUUCUUUUGUCCAUCAUUGGCUUCGUAGAUAUUUUUGCCCGUCCAUCCUGUGGGUUGUUUGCUGGGAUGAAGAGGAUACGACCCCACAUAACCUACUUGUUCAGUUUUGCCAUGCUCUUCAAUGGCCUGACAGAUAUCUGUAGUGCCAGGGCCAACACGUACACAUCCCUUGUCAUCUUCUGCAUCUUCUUUGGCAUUUCCUAUGGCAUGGUGGGAGCUCUGCAGUUUGAAGUGCUCAUGACUAUUGUUGGGUCACAGAAAUUCUCCAGUGCAAUUGGGCUUAACUUGCUCAUUGAGGCCAUUGCUGUGCUCAUUGGGCCACCUUCCGCAGGGCUACUGGUAGACGCACUCAAGAAAUAUGAAAUUAUAUUCUAUCUGGCUGGCUCAGAAGUGGUCUUGUCUGCUCUCUUCCUGGCUGUUGCUUCGUACUGCUGCUUGGAUGUGAAGAAAGAAACUACGCCUCAGCUAGAGAAUCCAUCGAUAGUUAGAAGUAACUGUGAAACGGAAGAAGCAGAAGCCGAUCUACAGGAAGCAAAAGAAAGCCUCGACAAUGAUCAGUCUCUGGCCCACAGCACUGACAGUGUUGGAAGUGACAGCGGGAAUCAUUCUGCAAUGGACAAAAAUGGUGGACACCCCAAAGGGGAGAAUAUAACUAUGGUUCCAGAUGGUUGCAGUUCUGAUCAGCUAGAGGAAAGAGUUUUAGCAACAUAG